GACUGCUUACAAUCUGCAAAAAAAGAAGAAGAAAAAAAAAAAGGAAUGACAGGCAUUUCAAUCCGGAGACUCGGAGCUCGGCUGCGUUUAUCACGACUUCACAAAGUAUGGAAAAGCUCUUUUGAGAAGCGGAUCUCAGAGCCGGAGGAGUGAAAUGCGUCUGCUGUUAUGUCGAUCGAGUGGGCUUUGUUGCACAAGUUCUUGGGGCGUCGUAUGAUUUUUGUUUAGAGGCCCAUUGGAGAUCGACAUGGGCCAGACAUCUGUCUCCAGCUUGUCACAGAGAGCGAGCGUGGAGGGGCUGGAAAAAUCUUCUCUUGCCAACUGUGAUGUGGUGGGAAGCUCUCAGUCUCCUCAGUUGAAAGGAAAGGGGAAGCUCUCUUCACUGGGUAAGAUCUUUAAACCUUGGAAAUGGAGAAAGAAGAGAACCAGUGAUAAGUUCCAGGACCUCUCUAAAGUUCUGGAGAGGAAAAUAUCCACCAGGCAAACACGAGAAGAGCUCAUAAGAAAAGGUGUACUUAUUCCAGACCAAGAUGAUCCUUUGAACACAGAGACCUUGAAUGGUCAUGCGGUGCCCAGUGGAGUUACUGAAAAGGUCAAAGUGGACAUUGAAACACCAGAACCAGUCCCGGAAGAGAAAUCAGACUUAGCGGCUGUGGCAGAGGAGCCAGAAGAAAGAAAUGACAGCAAGCGCGUCCCACAAGCCAGUGAAUCAUCCGCUCUAAAACCCCCUGCUAAAAAACCCCCGACUACACUCCCAAAACCCUCAGCUGAAGCCACGAGCACAGGCGUGAAGAAAGGGGGGCAAGCAGGAGCUAAAAAGGUAACCAAGGCUACCAAUAAGCAGGUCUCCGCUCCUCCACCCAAACAAACCUCAAGAACUGCCACUCGUAGUAAUGCUAAAGCUUCAAAUGCUAAAAAAACUACAGGCACAUCCAAAGGAUCCUCUCAGGCGUCAGGUCAAUCAUCUUCACAGACCUCCUCGAAAACCUCCAAAAACAACAACUCAGAACUUACUGCUGGACAAGCCAAGUCUGGCAAGAAGACUGAACCCUCCAGGUCGCAGCAGCCCCUUUCUAAAACACGAGAGACUGUGGAAAGCACCUCUAAAAAGGACCAAAAGAAAAAAGAAUUAACCACUAGUGUUAAUGAAAAGGCUGAAGAGAAAUCUCAGAACGGGAAGGGUGACAGUCAUCUUUCGAAGUGUGCAGAGACUGACAAAAGACAAUCUCAUGUUAACCAGGCCACAGAGGAAACCUCCUUCAUUGGAUCCUCAAAUGAACUUUCGUCAGACGCCUCAGCUGAACCGGUGAACGCAGAGACUGAAACACAGAAAGAGAAGGCAGAGCAGACACAAAGUAUUGCUGGGAAUGAAGAAGGAGAGAGACAGCAAACCGUCAAUGUGGAAAGUGCAGAGGUGACCAUCAUUCCUGACACCAUUCGGGAAAACCAGGCAAAUGACUCUGAUUCAGAUGGACCUAUUCUCUAUAAAGAUGAUGACGAAGAGGAGGAUGAAGAUGAUGAGUAUACCUCUAGCUCCCUUGCCAGUAAAAUUCGCCGCAGGGACACACUUGCUAUCAAACUUGGUAACAGGCCCAGCAAGAAGGAGCUUGAAGAGAAGAACAUUCUCCCACGAACCUCAGAGAUGGAGCGACAGGAGCUACGACAGCAAAUUGGCUGCAAAUUAGUCAGACGGUUGAGUCAAAGACCCACCACAGAAGAGCUUGAACAGCGAAAUAUUCUGAAACAGAAAAAUGAGGAAGAAGAACAUGAGGCCAAGCAGGAGAUUAAAAGACGACUGUCCCGAAAGCUUAGCGUUCGGCCCACAGUCGCAGAAUUGGUGGCACGCAGAAUUUUGCGCUUCAAUGAAUAUGUGGAGGUCACAGAUGCUAAAGACUAUGAUCGACGAGCUGACAAGCCCUGGACCAGGUUAACCCCCGCAGACAAAGCUGCUAUACGUAAGGAACUUAACGAGUUUAAAAGCAAGGAAAUGGAAGUCCAUGAAGAAAGCAAACAAUUUACAAGGUUUCAUCGGCCAUGAGGGGGUCUUUCUGGAGGCUUCUGAAUGGAGGGUCUUUUCCUCCUGCAGAGAGUGAACAGACUGACUCCCUGCAGCCGCCGGCUCUUCUCUGGCACCCGCUGCACUUCAUUUACUGCUUUGAGCCACUAGAGGGCUUCAUCGCUGCUAAAAAAAUGGGCCUCCAAUGCCAUUAUGAAGAGAGAUUGAGAGAGCGAGGGACCUUCAAAGAAGCAAAAGAAAUGCAAUGGAUCUGUCAUGUUUUUUUUUUUCAUAUCUGUAAUAUUUUGCACACACUAAGGACAAAAACUUGCACUCUUUUAAUUUAAAGCGUCCCUGAUAUUCUCUCAAGGUUGAGCACAGCGGUGUUAAAAAGCCACGCGCUGUGACUCAUCGGUGGCUUGCAUUGUUGCCGCGUGCAGCUCUGAGGGUUUCUUUUUGUAUAGAUGACAUAUUUCGAGCAGUAUUCGUGCAGUAAUAUCUAUGAAUAUCCAUGCAUGUGAUGAAGAAGAUAUUUUAUAGGAUUCAUGUAUCAGUGUACAAUACAUGGACGUUAUUUGGACAUUGUGAUGUCCAGGUUGGUUACUGCCAUUAUUCCUCUGUGUAUUCAGAUUAAUCUGCAAUAUAAUAGAAUGUACUCCGAUUUUUAUGUUGUGCCUUGACAGUGUUGUUUUGUUUGACCUGAAAAUGUCUGAUUACUUGAGAUGCACAGCUAUAGAACAAAAGAGACCGUUUGAUCAUUUACGAUUUUGUUCAGAUUUCUUAAAUAGUUAUUUAGUUGCAUGUUUUCAGACAUGUUUAUCAUAAUACUAAUGUUUUAACUUCAGUAGAGUUGAGAAAUCAAUAUUUGGUGAAGUUUUCUUAAUGAAAAGAUUUAUUAUUCUGACUAAUUGUCAUUUCCCAUGGAAGAAUAAUGCCAUAAAAUGUUUAAAAUGAGGAAUUUUAGUGUCUAAAGGACUUUUUAAUUUAAAAAUCUGGAAAAAAUGUCAUCAGAACUUUCCAGAAUAAAAUUAUUAUGAGCGUUUUUUUUCUCAAAACCCAUACCUGAAUCCAGAAUUUUCAAGUGGUCUCUUUGUUUUUCAUAAUUGUGUAUAUCUAUAUAUAUAUAUAUAGUGUGUGUGUGGUUGUAACAUAUCUGAAACUGCUGUUCAGGAAUAGUCUAUUAUCAUAUGUUUAUGACAAACAAUACUCUUUAGUUUUCUCCCAAUAUUUUUUAUAGUUUUCCCAAAGUUCCAGCGAACGUCUGAAUGAUUUGGCUUUUAGACUGUACAUACAUUUUGGUGGGUUUUUAUUGAAUACGUUGGUGCAGACCAUAUACAAGAUGUGUAAAGCAAUAUAAUAUAGUGAAACAAUAGUUUUGUCUCAAACUUUAAAGGGCUUCUAGUCCAUUAUUUUAGUAUUGCAUUAUUGCACAUUUUUGGUGCUUCAUACACACACAUAUAUAUCCUGUAUCUGAUUGUAUGUCAAAUUUGCUGGACGCUCACUUACGUUUUUUUUGUUUUUUUAUUGUUCAUGUAGUUUGAACUUGGGGAACUUUUAAAUUAUUUCAAAUCAAUUGUACAGUCUGUGUAUGAUAUAUGUGAAUACAUUCAGUAUAUUGCAGUA